AUGUCCUCGAGAUCGCCUUCGCCCCGCGCUGGAGGAUGGUCGAGUCCAGGCCUCAAUACCCCGUAUGACAGCGGUGGACGGAGCAGCCCGUACGCAAACGGAGGCACACAUAAUGUCACUUGGGCCUCCGCCCAGGCACGGAGCGCAGAGGUGAAGGGCUAUACUGCCUUCAACCCGCGGAACCAGGGCUUCUUCGGCAGACAUUUCCGGAGAAUCUCAACAAGUCUGCCGUUCAGCUAUGCGGAGAAAGAGAAGCUUGGCAGGGGACGAUCUCAGGGCAACAAGGCAAUGCAGAUGCUGAAUAGGAUUGGGUGGAAUCUCUGGCGCCUGCGGAGGUCUGUCGGCCUGGUGCUGCUCAUUGUACUGAGCUGGAUCCUUUUCUAUGUUACCCCAUUUCACCGAAUGUAUCGCCGGUCCCCCUGGUUCGGCGGAGGCAGCAAGUACGUCGUCAUCCUCGCGGCAAACCAAGGCGGCGGCGUUAUGGAGUGGAAGGGGCCCCGCGAGUGGGCGAUUGAGAGGGACAGCGUCAAGAACAAGAAGAAGUACACGCAGAAGUGGGGAUACGAUCUGGAAAUCGUCGACAUGAGCACAAAGAAGCGCUAUGCGCAUGAGUGGAGAGAGAGCUGGGAGAAGGUGGAUACAAUCAGGAAUGCCAUGCGCAAGUAUCCACACGCUGAGUGGUUCUGGUGGCUGGACACGAAUACUUUCAUCAUGGAGCCAACGUAUUCCCUGCAAAAGCACAUCUUCAAGCGCCUGAACGACGUCUCCUACCGCGACAUUAACGUCUACAACCCGCUGAACAUAACGCAUCCGCUGACGGACGAAUACUUGGAUCCCGAAUCCCGCUCCCCGGUUGGCGACGGCAGAGUCGAGUCGAUCAACAUGCUGGUGCCCCAGGACUGCGGCGGUUUCAACCUCGGCUCAUUUCUCGUACGAAGGAGCGUCUGGACGGACAGGCUAUUGGAUAUUUGGUGGGAUCCGGUGGGGUACGAGCAGAAGCACAUGGAAUGGGAGCACAAAGAACAGGAUGCUCUGGAGUACAUGUACCAGAACCAACCCUGGAUCCGGCCACACCUCGCCUUCCUCCACCAACGCAACAUCAACAGUUUCCCGCCGGGUGCCUGCGGAGAAAAAGGAGACGACCCGCAGAUACACUAUAAGGAGAAGGACCGGGACUUCUUGGUCAACAUGGCCGGCUGCGAAUGGGGACGCGACUGCUGGGCUGAGAUGUACAACUACCGCCAGCUGAGCAAUCGCUUGAACAGGAAUCCUUGGGAAAAGUUCAAAGACUGGAUAAGCGACUCGGUGAAGUCCAUGAAGGAGUCAAAGAAGAAAGAGAACAAGGACGAGAAGGCGAAGAAGGGUAAUCAUUAA